CAUUACAUACAAAAACAAAGAAAAAGGAAUUUGAACAUCAAAGCAAGGUCCACAACAAGACUGUUUUUGUCCACAACAUCAUAGUUACACUUUUCUAUUACAGUUUCCACUUCAAUUCCCAUUCUUUAUAGAACCUUCUCCAACACAACACCACCACAAACUUCACAACUCCACACUCUAAUCUUCAAUGGAAAUUCUGCCUCUCUUUCUAACAUGCUUUUUCACACUCCUCACAUUCCCAAAACCCACACGUGCCACCCUCCCCGGCACGUGGGAGCUUCUAGUCCAAAACGCAGGCAUAGCCUCAAUGCACACAGCAGUAACACGCUUCAACACAGUCAUCCUCCUCGACCGAACCAACAUCGGUCCAUCCCGUAAACUCCUCCCAAAAAACCACUGCCGGUUCGACAAAACCGGUUCAAAACAAGACUGCUACGCCCACUCGAUUCUCUUCGACCCCAAAACAAACCAACUCCGCCCCUUAAAAAUCUUAACCGACACGUGGUGCUCUUCCGGCCAGUUCCUCCCCGACGGAACACUCUUACAAACCGGCGGCGACUUAGACGGGUUCAAAAAGAUCCGAAAGUUUAACCCGUGUGAGAUAAACGGGUCGUGCGAUUGGGAAGAGCUAAACGACGUCGAAUUGAGUGAAGGUCGUUGGUAUGCGACGAAUCAAAUUCUUCCAGAUGGUUCCAUCAUCAUAAUCGGUGGAAGAGGAUCAAACACAGUUGAAUUCUACCCCAAACGCGAAAACGGCGUCGUUUCGUUUCCGUUUCUUACCGAAACAGAAGAUACACAAAUGGAUAAUCUAUAUCCCUACGUUCAUCUUCUCCCUAACGGUAAACUGUUCGUGUUUGCGAAUACGAAAUCGGUUAUGUACGAUUUCGUUGAGAAUCGUGUUGUUAAGGUUUACCCGGAGUUAACCGGUGGUCCGAGAAACUAUCCGUCGGCGGGGUCGUCGGUGAUGUUAGCUUUGGAAGGUGAAUUUUCUGAGGCGGUUGUUGUUGUUUGCGGCGGCGCUCAAUACGGUGCGUUUUUAGAACGGAAUGUAGACACGCCGGCGCAUGGAAGCUGCGGCCGGAUAAUGGCGACGGGAGAAAACCCGGUUUGGGAAAUGGAGGAUAUGCCGUUUCAGAGGAUAAUGGGUGAUAUGGUAAUUUUACCAAACGGUGACGUUUUGAUUAUCAAUGGUGCUAUGAAAGGGACGCAAGGUUUUGAAUUGGGUUCUGAUCCGUGUUUGAACCCGGUUUUAUAUCGGCCCGAUGAACCGGCUGGUUUACGGUUCAUGGUUUUGAAUCCGGGUACUGUGGCGAGAAUGUAUCAUUCAACAGCGAAUUUGUUACCGGAUGGACGGGUUUUACUUGCGGGUAGUAACCCGCACGUGUUUUACCGGUUCGAUCUCGAGUUUCCGACAGAGUUAAGACUCGAAGCGUUUUCGCCCGAGUAUUUGGAAUCGGAUAAAACGAAUAUCCGACCCGAGAUAGUGGAUAUACCCGAAACGGUGUCGUAUGGAGCGGGUUUUGAUGUUGUUGUGAGUGUUGGUUUACCUGUUGUGGGGGUUAUUGAAGUGAAUUUGGGUAGUGCUCCUUUUGCGACGCAUUCUUUUUCUCAGGGUCAACGGUUGGUCAAACUUGGGGUGGGUUCUGCUGUGCCGGAGGGUGGUGAUGGGAGGUGGAGGAUACGGUGUACGGCGCCGCCGAGUGGGAUGGUUGCGCCACCUGGGUAUUAUAUGGUGUUUGCUGUUAAUCAAGGUGUUCCAAGUGUGGCACGUUGGAUACACGUGUCGUAGUUUGGAUAAAUUUAUGUUUUUUUUUUAGUUAAACUUAAAAUGUUGUAUUUAAUUUCUGAGAUUAUGCUGUUAAUAAAAAACAAAAACAUGUGAAUAGUUUAGUUGGUGUCGCUGAAUUCCAAAGUGAUGAUUGGUUUAUAGUGAUGAAAAAAAUAGCACUAAUGUGUAAUUAUGUGGUUAUAUGGUGUCGGUUACUAGUGCUGUUAAUAAUGUAAUCUUGCUUUAAAGGAAGACAUGCAAUUUAAUGGAUUGGGACGUAGUUUAGGCCCCACACAACUCCAAAAGUUAUGAUAAAACUAUUUUGAUGCUAUUGUUGGAACUGUAACAUAGAUGUUGUUGGAAUUGUAAGAUGGAUGUAUUAAUUUUGGCUUUGGCCAUGGAAAGAUGAUGGACGAUGGACUUUUCUGAUAGACCAUAGAUUAUAUCAAUAUAGUCUAUACAUGGAUGGCAUAUGGUUAUUGCUAUUAGCAAUAAUACAUAUAUGGUUGGACUAUAAUGUAGAGGGGAAUGGAGAGAGGGGCAAAGAAAGGUGGUGGA